AUGAGAAGAGCUGUGCGUCGUCCUCAACGAGCUAUAGUUCUCAGGGUGGCUCGAGCGUACCGCGACAAUUCGUACGCGGCAGCUAGCCUACUAGCCGGAAGCCCGCCGUGGGACCUUGAAGCCAAGUGGAGAGAAGAAGCACGAGAAGUGCUCUUCGAGCGUUUGGAGAUCCGGGAGCUAGCCGGGAACCAGAAAGAAGCGGCCGCUGUUCGGCCCGUUCUAAAAGAAUGGGUGGAACGUAAGUACGGCGCACCUUCUUUCCAUCUCACACAGCUCCUGACGGGGCACGGCUGCUUCGGCUGGUACCUGUGUGAGAGGGUGGGAAGGGAGCCUACUACAGCGUGUCACCAUUGUGAUCGAAGAGCAGUGGACACGGCCCAACACACGCGCGAAGAGUGCCCUGCUUGGGAUGAGCCUCGCGCUGCCCUGUUCACGGUUAUAGGGGGUGAUCUCUCACUGCCGGCGCUAAUACGCCAUAUGCUUAGCAGUGAAGAGGAGUGGGAGGCAGUGACCACCUUUAGCGUCGUUGUCAUGACGCAAAAGGAGGCCGCCGAAAAAGUGCGCGAGCUCAGCGCCGCAGAAGGCCAGGCAGGCGGCGAAGAGUCUUCGCAGAGAGACUGA